AUGGCGCCUGAUUCAGGCUCAAGAACGCCUGGCCUGACCUCUUUCCUGCGCUCCCUCUCCUCCGAACCAGACGAAACCUGCAUAGAGCAGUUUAUUGCCCUUCUUAGACGACGUCAAAUACGGCAUUCACGCCCUUGCGCUGUUGCAACUGCAUAUCUCUUGCGGCGCGUUGUCGCACAAGCCAAAGCAGAACCCGGAAAGCCGAUCGAGGCCGCGCGCUUGCUACAACGAGUACAAGAGGUCGGCAGGAGGUUGGUAGCGGCACAACCGAGAGAGCUGGUGGUGGGCAAUGUUGUCAGAAGGGUGUUGGGGCUAAUUAGAGAAGAGCAAGACAAUGAACGGGGAGAAGGAGAUAUCAGUGGCCUGUCGAGUGAGGUGGGUAUUGACAGUGGACAGCAAACGCCACAGAUACCAAGUCUAGGAAAAGGAGACCCUCUCUCAAGUUUGAAUGGUACUACUCGAGCCACUGCAGACAUGCAAGCAUUGCACACCUCGCAAUCACCAGCGGGUGUCAACACACGCAGAACCACUCAACCAGCCAGUCGACCGGCCCUGCAACCUUCAUACACCACAUUUGCAGGCGCCCCACCAGUGACUUCUAUGUUCAGUCUGCUUUCACAUCCUACCAUGAGCUCGCCUCGAAGCUCUCCUGCACCGGGAUCACCCAGUGGUACUGCAACUCCACAUCCAACUGGUUCAAAUGACAUCCGGCAAGAGGUAAUCGAAGGCAUUGGCGAGAUCAUCGACGAACUUGAGCAAUCAGACGAGCAGAUUGCCAGCUAUGCCUUAGAGCACAUACAUGCCAACGAGGUAAUUCUGACCUAUUCCUCCUCCACCACAGUCCAACGCUUCCUCCUGAAGGCCGCCUCAAAACGAAAAUUCACCGUCGUCCAUGCCGAGUCCUAUCCGAACAACCACCGAAAGGUCCAUGCUCUCGUCACCGGCAACACCAACUCAGACCAUUCUGACGCCCUCACCACCGAAGCAUUUCACAAAACUCUCACCUCCGCCGGCAUAACCGUAAUUCUCAUCCCUGACUCUGCCAUCUUCGCCCUAAUGUCACGCGUCAACAAAGUCAUCCUCGGCACGCACGCUAUCCUAUCCAAUGGUGCGCUCGUCGCUACGUCAGGAACCAAACUCGUCACCAAAGCGGCAAAAGCGCAUCAUGUCCCUGUCGUCGUGCUGAGCGGGACGUAUAAACUCAGUCCCAAGUACCCUUAUGAUCCAGAUAUGUACAUUGAGUAUGGGGACGUAAGUAAGGUGUUUCCGUACCAAGAUGGGGAGUUGGUGGAGAGUGUGCAGGUGGAGAAUCCGCUCCUGGAAUUCGUCGGGCCGGAGUGUGUGGAUAUGUAUGUGACGAACCUGGGGGGCCAUGCGCCGAGUUAUCUGUAUAGGAUUGUCAGGGAUCAGUAUCGGGACGAGGAUGUGGAUAUUUGA